UUUAUUUUCAAAAUGAUUGGGGGGACGAUUGGCGAGCCUGGUGGGACGUCAAGUGUCAGAUGAUUUGAAUAUGUGUCAACGUGUCUCAAAUCAAGCAAAAGUAAUGAUUUUUUCCCGUAAUUGAAAAUGUCACGCAGCGCUCAGCGUGGGGGGCUCAACCCCGAGCCAGACAGCCCCAAAAUCAGUAUCCUUUUCCUCGAUAUCACUCGUUUUUCCCAACCUGUCCAAUUUUUCAUUUGCAGUGGGGCUGUUUUCGUGUUUUUCAUCCUUUACGGGUACAUGCAAGAGCUGAUCUUCACCAUCGACGGCUUCCAGCCCUUCGGGUGGUACCUCACGUUGGUCCAGUUCGGGUUUUACAGCGUCUUUGGCCUGAUUGAGACACGAAUAAGGAACAUAACCUCUCGAUCAAUUCCGAUCCAAACGUACUUUUUACUCGCACUGUUGACCCUUGGCACCAUGGGUUUCUCUAAUGCCUCGCUCGGUUACUUGAAUUAUCCGACUCAAGUGAUUUUCAAGUGUUGCAAGUUAAUUCCGGUCCUUGUCGGGAGUAUUCUAAUUCAGGGCAAACGGUACGGGCCUUUGGACUUUAGUGCAGCUGUUUUGAUGUGUGUGGGACUAACAUUAUUCACUCUGGCCGAUUCACAUGUACAACCAAAUUUUAACACUAAAGGCAUCUUCAUGAUCUCGAUGGCCUUGCUGUGCGACGCAAUUAUAGGAAAUGUGCAGGAAAAGUCAAUGAAAAAUUAUGGGGCUCCGAAUUCCGAAGUCGUCCUGUUUUCGUAUUCAAUUGGGUUUGUGUACCUCCUUAUUGUGAUGGUGGCCACUGGCGACUUCACCGAUGGCUUGCAAUUUUUUUCUACUAAUCCAAAAAAACUGUACGGUUACGCUUUAAUUUUUUCACUAACUGGGUAUUUGGGGAUUCAGAUCGUUCUCACUCUAGUCAGGACUUGUGGGGCUUUUGCGGCAGUCACUGUGACAACGUGCCGCAAAGCCGUGACUAUUAUCAUAUCAUUUGUUUUUUUCAGCAAACCUUUUACGUUUCAGUAUUUAUGGUCCGGUUUAUUGGUAGUUUUAGGUAUUUAUUUAAAUUUGUUUAGUAAAAGGCAUCCAAUGUCGAUGCAAGACUUGGAGGUGUUUAUAGAAAGGUGCAUUCGAACAAUCAAAUUAAAACUUUAUAACAAACGUCAAGGUCCUCGCCACUAUAUGGCGAACGUUUGAUUUUAGUGAUUUAAGCAAUACUUUGCCAUAUUUUAUAUUUUGUUUUAUCGUAAUAGAUGUGUUCAUUUUU